AUGGCAAGGGUUUGCAAGCGCGAGAAGAAGGAAGUCAAAUGCGGAGAAGGCUGCGGAAGAGGCCGCUCGUCAACAGGUGCACUUCUCGAACCCUGCAAAGCCAACGGCACCAUGGCGACCUCGUGCUCGAGGCGGUCCCCGGUGAGGGGAGGAAGUAAGGCGGCGAUGUCGAAGCACUCUACGAAACACGUCGCCAAAAGUAAUGGAGAUGUUGGGCAACAACCAACUCUUCGGGACCCUUUUCCACCCGUGUUGUGGAUAGCGCCUGUCAAGAUGAUGUAUUCUCCCGGGCAAAUUACUGCUGCGGGCCUCGACAACGGGCGCUCCGUUGCCGCAGCUGUUCGGUCGGUUUCUAGCAGGGGAAACUCGGUAGUCAGUAUGUAUUUACGCCAGAUGCGUGUUGCGUGCACCUCCUUUAGUGGAAAAUUGCUAAGUGAGAGUGGGAACGUCGCCGCGUCCAGUUUUGGUGGUGGAUUUGGUAGUCUGUCUGUGACGGCUGGACUUAGUCUCUACAGUCACAUAUAUGAGUUGCAUCAGUGGUUCUUUUCCGGGGGCGCACUGCAUUCAAACGGGCGACCCCGAGUUGUGAAGAAUGGUUGGCAAGCAUUGUGCAACAAGAAGAACUCUUCAUGGCGCAUCUUGAUGGAUGUGUUGGACUCUGAACUGGUCCUUUCAGACGAGAACGCCGCAUGUAGUGCAUUAACUUUGGUUUUCAAUUUGCUUCGUUCGCUGCCUUCGCGGCGCCGCAAACGCGUUGUGCGUUUGUGUGCUCGGCUGCAGCUUCCCAGGUUGUGCGACUCUAUUCUUAAGGUGUACGAUCCCGCAUUCACGGACGCACUCAAGGUCCGCUGGGACAAUCCACGUAAGGAUUCGCGUAACUUGGCUGAUGAUGAUUACUGUGACAGCGAGUCUGGAGGGCAGGAGGUGCAAAAUUUAGUGUUUCAUACCAUACCCUUGCGUUCGCUGGGGCCCGUGCGCGUAUAUGAGGCGGUGGCGCUACUGAUGGGGUUAUGUGGGACGGUGAGUGGAAAGGUGCUUAGCGCGGUGCGGCGUUUAAGGCUUCUGUCUCUACUUUUGCGCGCGUCAAGGCAACUCUUUGCAACAAUUCAGAAGAUGUUGACAAACAUGGAUAUCUCCGGCGAGGAUUCUAUCGCUUCUCAUAGUGUCACUUCCCUCCCUAGCGUUAAUUACCACCAGCGCAUGGCCGCAGUCGGGUGCGUCAAGAAUAUUUCCGAUGCUCUGUUGCAUAUGUUUGUUGCAUUUUAUCAAUUGUCAGCGUGUUCUUCGAUUGCCGAAUCCAUGUGUUUGCAAGGCGUUACACUUUCCAUUCAGGUUGGGAGAAUGGUGCAAAGUCAUCUCGUUCAAUCCCCUGCCUCGCAACGUACGGUUCACACUCCCCUUGACAGGUGCAUAGAAGCACUUGGCUUAUGGUCAGUAGAGCUGCUUUCUAGACUUUGUUGCAAUAUGAAGCGCAGCAAACGGGGACUAGAGGUGGCUCGGCAACAGCGCGUUGUCGAUCUUCUAAUUGCGUUCAGCACACUACAUGCAGAAAAUGGAGAUCUUAUGCUUUCGGCUCUUGACGUUUUGCAUGUUGUGACUGAAAUGGAUGCUGGCUGCAAUGAACAGUUGCAUGAUGAGUCAGGGGCUCUCUCUUCGCUUGUGUCUGGGGCUGUGGCCGCUUCUGAGGCCAUGAAGCACCCCGCAACACAUUGGCACAAGCUGUUCUUGGCAUUUUACAAACUUUUUGGCAUCGUUACUCUUCCUGGCGAGUUAAGUGUGCUGCAAUGUGUUGAGCAAGUCUCUUCCACAGUGCGUGUUGUUCCUACCCUGCCUUUGCUCCCUCAGCAUCAGCGGAAGGCACGGGGGGAACAGGAGGAUUCCCUGUCGCAUAUUCAUCUCCCUCCGGGCGCGAAGGUUGCGACCGAAGUGCACGCGCCCCCUCUGGUGGACGCGGAACCUAGUUUCUUUUCUCCAGAGUUGCGCGUUGACAGGUGUGCCAGGGGAUAUAUGUCUCUGCUCCCGCCUGCAAAUGCUUCGGCGAUGGCUGGAGCAGCACAUAUUCCGUCUACAUUUACCGCCCCAAAUGGGUUGCCCUGGGAUUUUUUUGACGAAGGCAUACCAUUAUGUCAAGAAUUUGUCUCAUCGGAUCGUCCGGCAGCGGAUCACCCCGUGUUGAGCAGCGAUUACUCCCUUUCCCUCGAUGAACAGCCGAAGCUGCUUCUUCAGCCAUCUUUGGAGACGCGAGUACGAGUGAUGAAACGACUAAUAGGGCGUUUGAGCAUGUGUCCGCGAUUUUCUGAUUGUGUUGUCUACGAGAGGCCACCGUUGACCGUGGCGUCACAACCGCAGGAUGUAUUUAAUAUGUGUGACAGGGAGGCGAAGAGGUUAGAGAGUUCGCUGAGGUUCCCUCCGCCGCUUCCGUCCGGGGAUUUCAAAGGCGUUUUAAAGUUUAGGUCCAAUUUUGAGAGCGGUAACCUGCAGCGCGCGAUCGCUGUCGAUGACAUGGAGUACGAUCUUGUGUUAAGCCCAGAUACUAAUACAAAUUGUCAUGUUCAGUGGUUCUGCUUCAGUGUGGAGGAUUACGCACCUGGGGCGACGUACCAUUUUAACAUUCUCAACAUGGAGAAAUCCAGUUCAACUUUCAAUGAAGGGCAACAACCCCUUAUGUUGUUCUUUGAGUCAUCAGGUUCUAUGGGGGCGGCAUCGCAAGCUCCACAAUGGAAGCACUGCGGGCACGACAUCUUUUACUACAGGAACAGUUAUCAGCGGCCGGCCCGCUCCACCACGACUCCUGCUGUCGACAACUCCCCUGCACCGUCGGUGGAGGAGGGCGAGGGACCAAAGAAUAGUAAUAAACAGCAGAGCUCUGAUAGACCAAAGAAAAAGAAGGCAACGAACAAGAAACGCUCGUCACAACGGAAGGAGGAACCGUCACAUUGCUAUACGCUCAGUUUCAGUAUCCAGUUUCCUGAGAGGAAGGGAUGCGUGUUUAUCGCAAACUGUUACCCGUACACCUACUCGAACCUACUGUCCGACGUUGAGCGGUGGAAGCUUCAAGCAAGCGCGGUGUUUGGUCCUUCCCUUCUGUUUGCGGUGCAGGAGCUGUGUUGCACUCCUGGUGGACUUCCCGUGCCCAUUUUGACGCUGACAGCAAGUGACAUCCGUGGCAAUGUUGGCGUUGAGGACGACAGUAGUGCUAUUCACACAGAGGUGGCGGAAACGCCGAGGGAGAGGAAGCUCGGUUCGAGCAAUAUGGAUCCAGAGGAGUUCAGACCCAUAAAGGAACGUCCUGUUCUACUUGUUACAGCCCGUGUUCAUCCAGGGGAGAGCAACUCCAGUUGGGUCCUUCGCGGUCUUAUGUCUUUCCUGUUGUCUAAUCGAGAUAAUUCUCAUGCCCUUCGUAACCGAUAUGUGUGGAAGGUUAUCCCCAUGCUGAAUCCUGAUGGUGUCGUUCUGGGAAAUCACCGCUGCUCAAUUGGCGGUGCCGACCUUAACCGUGACUACGCGAAUCCAAAUCCAGCGACCAACCCAGUAGUGUAUUCGUUGAAGCAAAUUGCGCGGCACAUUAUUGAGAAGGAGCAGCGCCGCGUACCACUAUUUGUGGAUCUUCAUGGUCACUCGCGUUCAAAAAAUUUCUUGAUGUACGGUUGCAUGCGCUCGGUCGCAACGUCUAAGAAGAGGCCCGCUGUGAAAUUGCCUGCGUCAAUCCCUGGUACUGUGGGGUCGGCUUAUUCGAUCCCUUCGUCCAAUAAUCGCAAGCAGUCUCUAAAUUCCACUGCGUCUCCGGCUGCAGAUUCAGUCACCCCUGAGAAGUUGCUACCCAUUUUGCUGAGUCAGCUUUCCGCAGCUUUCUCCCUGCCGCAGUGCUCUUUCGCGGUGCAGAAGAGUAAACGACACACAGGGAGGGUAGUGAUGUAUCGCCAGUUUGGGAUACGCAUGAGCUACACUCUGGAGGCAACGAUGAUGGGAGGGUUGGACGAUGCCAUUGAGGGCUUACCCGGUUGUAACAUGCGAGGAUUGAUGAAACCUGGGGAUUACCACGACCAGCGACAGCAAUCGAAGGCCAAUGCGUUUGAGGGCGUUAGUGGAACUACCCUGAGGGAAGUUUCCUACGGCACUCGUCAUUUCGAGAACAUGGGGGCUCGGCUUGCCCGUGGUGUUGGACUUCUCUCGACAAACUUCAGUGACAGCUCCUCGGGCUACAGGGCUCUAGUUGAGCGAGCAUGGCUUAUUCUUGCAACAGCUGGCUCAUCCGAUGGUAUUCAGACACAUAUAAUUGCAAAUUUUGGAGGUUCGUACGCUCUUGCGACGCGGAAGGAGCGACGUACAGAUCAGAAGGGCAUGAAUCGUGAAAAGUCCUGUUCGUUCAACGUGUCGCUGGCUGAGCUUCGGGCGGAGGUGCUUCGUACACUUAGUCUGCAACCGCGGUUAGGUGAUGCUCCGCCGGCAGUCAGCGGUUCAACGCUUCACGGAGUAAUCAGUGAUGAUGAAUCGUCCAAUGACGACGAUGACGACGACGAUGACGACGAUGACGACCAGGUUGUGGCUGGAGAUGUUGGCGAAGACUGUGAAUCGAGUGCUAGCGGGGACAACGAUGACGAGGAUGAUGACGAGGAUGAUGAUGACGAUUACGACGACGAUGACGAUGAUUUCGAUGAGCUUGACGUGGAGGACAAUGCUAGUGAGGACGGCGAUGGUGACGUUCUGUACUAG